GGACGCGCCAAUUCUCCUGCCUGAGCCUCGGCCCAACAAAAUGGCGGCGGCAGCGGCGUCGCUUUGUUUCCGCGGCUCCUGCGGCGGUGGCAGUGGCAGCGGCCUUUGAGCUGUGGGGAGGUUCCAGCAGCAGCUACAGUGACGACUAAGAUUCCAGUGCAUUUCUAUCCUAACCGGGCGCGGGGGAGCGCAGACCGGCGCCCAGCAAUCGCAGAAGCCGACCAGGCGUUCAAGCGAAAACAUGACCGCUGAGCCCAUGAGGUAAAACGCAAUCCGGUCUCAUGGGCCCCAGCGGUCUGGGCCCAGGCACCGUCUGAGUCGGGUGUUUGGGAAGGCGUUCGCUUGGUGGGUUAGGCCUGUGUGUUGCUUAGCCGAAAGAGGCAUCGUUUUCUCUUUAGUGAAAGCAAGUUGAAUACAUUGGUGCAGAAGCUUCAUGACUUUCUUGCACACUCAUCAGAAGAAUCUGAAGAAACAAGUUCUCCUCCACGACUUGCAAUGAAUCAAAACACAGAUAAAAUCAGUGGUUCUGGAAGUAGCUCUGAUAUGAUGGAAAACAGCAAGGAAGAGGGAACUAGCUCUUCAGAAAAAUCCAAGUCUUCCGGAUCUUCACGAUCAAAGAGGAAACCUUCAAUUGUAACAAAGUAUGUAGAAUCAGAUGAUGAAAAACCUUUGGAUGAUGAAACUGUACAUGAAGAUGCAUCUAAUGAAAAUUCAGAAAAUGAUAUUACUAUGCAAAGCUUGCCAAAAGGUACAGUGAUUGUACAGCCAGAGCCAGUGCUGAAUGAAGACAAAGAUGAUUUUAAAGGGCCUGAAUUUAGAAGCAGAAGUAAAAUGAAAACUGAAAAUCUCAAAAAACGCGGAGAAGAUGGGCUUCAUGGGAUUGUGAGCUGCACUGCUUGUGGACAACAGGUCAACCAUUUUCAAAAAGAUUCCAUUUAUAGACACCCUUCAUUGCAAGUUCUUAUUUGUAAGAAUUGCUUUAAGUAUUACAUGAGUGAUGAUAUUAGCCGUGACUCGGAUGGAAUGGAUGAACAAUGUAGAUGGUGUGCGGAAGGUGGAAACUUGAUUUGUUGUGACUUUUGCCAUAAUGCUUUCUGCAAGAAAUGCAUUCUACGCAACCUUGGUCGAAAGGAGUUGUCCACAAUUAUGGAUGAAAACAACCAAUGGUAUUGCUACAUUUGUCACCCAGAGCCUUUGUUGGACUUAGUCACUGCAUGUAACAGCGUAUUUGAGAAUUUAGAACAGUUGUUGCAACAAAAUAAGAAGAAGAUAAAAGUUGACAGUGAAAAGAGUAAUAAAGUAUAUGAACAUACAUCCCGAUUUUCUCCAAAGAAGAAUAGUUCAAAUUGUAAUGGAGAAGAAAAGAAAUUAGAUGAUUCCUGUUCUGGCUCUGUAACCUACUCUUAUGCAGCACUAAUUGUGCCCAAAGAGAUGAUUAAGAGGGCAAAAAAACUGAUUGAGACCACAGCCAACAUGAACUCCAGUUAUGUUAAAUUUUUAAAGCAGGCAACAGAUAAUUCAGAAAUCGGUUCUGUUACAAAGUUACGUCAGCUUAAGGCUUUUAAGUCUGUGUUGGCUGAUAUUAAGAAGGCUCAUCUUGCUUUGGAAGAAGACUUAAAUUCAGAGUUUCAAGUGUUGGAGACUGUAAACAAAGAGAAAAAUACCAAAGAGCAUAAAGUCAUAGAUGCUAAGUUUGAAACAAAAGCAAGAAAAGGAGAAAAACCUUAUGCAUUAGAAAGGAAGGAUAUUUCAAAGUCAGAAGCUAAACUUUCAAGAAAACAGGUAGAUAGUGAGCACAUGGAUCGGAAUGUUCCAACAGAGGAACAAAGAGCAAAUAAAAACAUCAGUGGUGAACAUAAGAAAUCUGAUAGAAAAGAAGAACCUCAGUAUGAACCUGCCAACACUUCUGAAGACUUAGACAUGGAUAUUGUGUCUGUUCCUUCCUCAGUUCCAGAAGACAUUUUUGAGAAUCUUGAAACUGCUAUGGAAGUUCAGAAUUCAGUUGAUCAUCAAGGGGAUGGCAGCAGUGGAACUGAACAAGAACAGGAGAGUUCAUCUGUAAAAUUAAAUGUUUCUUCAAAAUACAACAGAGGAGGUAUUAAAUCAAAAAGUACAGCUAAAGUAACAAAAGAAUUAUUUGUUAAACUCACCCCUGUUUCCCUUUCUAAUUCCCCAAUUAAAGGUGCUGAUUGUCAGGAAGUUCCACAAGAUAAAGAUGGCUAUAAAAGUUGUGGUCUGAACCCCAAGUUAGAGAAAUGUGGACUUGGACAGGAAAGCAGUGAUAAUGAGCAUUUGGUUGAAAACGAAGUUUUAUUACUUUCAGAGGAAUCUGAUCUUCGAAGAUCUCCACGUGUAAAGACUACACCCUUGAGACGACAGACAGAAACCAACGCCGUAACAUCUAAUUCAGAUGAAGAAUGUAAUGAAACAAUUAAGGAGAAUCAAAAACUAUCAGUUCCAAUGAGAAAAAAGGAUAAGCGGAAUUCUUCUGACAGUGCUAUAGAUAAUCCUAAACCUAAUAAAUUACCAAAAUCUAAGCAAUCAGAGACUGUGGAUCAAAAUUCAGAUUCUGAUGAAAUGCUAACAAUCCUCAAAGAGGUAAGCAGGAUGAGUCACAGUUCUUCUUCAGAUACUGAUAUUAAUGAAAUUCAUACAAAUCAUAAGACUUUGUAUGAGUUAAAGACUCAGGCGGGAAAAGAUGAUAAAGGAAAAAGGAAACGAAAAAGUUCUACAUCUGGCUCAGAUUUUGAUAUUAAAAAAGGCAAAUCAGCCAAGAGCUGUAUAAUUUCUAAAAAGAAACGACAAACCCAAUCUGAGUCUUCUAAUUAUGACUCAGAAUUAGAAAAAGAGAUAAAGAGCAUGAGUAAAAUCAGUGCUGCCAGAAACACCAAAAAAAGAAUUCAAAAUACAAAAGAUUUUGACUCUUCUGAAGAUGAAAAACACAGCAAAAAAGGAAUGGAUAAUCAAGGGCACAAAAGUUUGAAGACCUUGCAAGAAGGAUCAUCUGAUGAUGCUGAAAGGAAACAAGAAAGAGAGAAUUUUUCUUCAGCAGAAGGCACAAUUGAUAAAGACACGACUGUCAUGGGAUUGAGAGAUCGACUUCCUAAGAAGCAGCAAGCAAGUGCUUCCUCUGAUAGUGUCAUUAAGCUUUCUGGGAAAGAGGAGAGUUUCAAUUCUUUGGAAGUCAAAAAGGUUCCUGAAGCUAAAGAAAAGAGCAAGCAUCUCAAAACCAAAACAUGUAAAAAAGUACAGGAUGGCUUAUCUGAUAUUGCUGAGAAAUUCCUAAAGAAAGAGCAGAGUGAUGAAACUUCUGAAGAGGAUAAAAAGCAUAGCAGAAAGGAAACUGAAGAAAAAGAAAAGAAAACUUCAGACUUUAAGAAGAAAGUAAUUACAGUGGAACAACAGUAUGAAUCUUCAUCUGAUGGCACUGAGAAGUUACCUGAACCAGAAGGAAUUUGUCAUUUUCCUAAGGGCAUAAAACAAAAUAAGACUGAAAUAACUGAUGGAGAAAAGAAAAGUAAAAAAAUAAGAGAGAAAACUUCUAAAAAGAAGGAUGAAUUAUCUGAUUAUGCUGAGAAGUCAACAGGGAAAGGAGAUAGUUGUGACUCUUCAGAAGAUAAAAAGAGUAAGAAUGGAACAUAUGGUAGAGAGAAGAAAAGGUGCAAGUUGCCUGGAAAGAGUUCAAGAAAGAGACAAGAUUGUUCCUCGUCUGAUACUGAGAAAUAUUCCAUGAAAGAAGAUGGUUGUAACUCUACUGAUAAGAGACUGAAAAGAAUAGAAUUGAGGGAAAGAAGAAAUUUAAGUUCAAAGAGAAAUACUAAGGAAAUACAAAGUGGCUCAUCAUCAUCUGAUGCUGAGGAAAGUUCUGAAGAUAAUAAAAAGAAGAAGCAAAGAACUUCAGCUAAAAAGAAGGCAGUCAAUGUCAAGGAGAAAAAGAGAAACUCCCUAAGAACAAGCACUAAAAGGAAGCAAGCAGACAUUACAUCCUCAUCUUCCUCAGAUAUAGAAGAUGAUGAUCAGAAUUCUAUAGGCGAGGGAAGCAGUGAUGAACAGAAAAUUAAGCCUGUGACUGAAAAUUUAGUGCUGUCUUCACAUACUGGAUUUUGCCAAUCUUCAGGAGAUGAAGCCUUGUCUAAAUCAGUGCCUGUCACAGUGGAUGAUGAUGACGACGACAAUGAUCCUGAGAAUAGAAUUGCCAAGAAGAUGCUUUUAGAAGAAAUUAAAGCCAAUCUUUCCUCUGAUGAGGAUGGAUCUUCAGAUGAUGAACCAGAAGGAGGGAAAAAAAGAAAUGGAAAACAAAAUGAAGAAAACCCAGGAGAUGAAGAAGCAAAAAAUCAAGUCAAUUCUGAAUCAGAUUCAGAUUCUGAAGAAUCUAAGAAGCCAAGAUACCGACAUAGGCUUUUGAGGCACAAACUGACUGUGAGUGAUGGAGAAUCUGGAGAAGAAAAAAAGUCAAAGCCUAAAGAGCAUAAAGAAGUCAAAGGCAGAAAUAGAAGGAAGGUGAGCAGUGAAGAUUCAGAAGAUUCUGAUUUUCAAGAAUCAGGAGUUAGUGAAGAAGUUAGUGAAUCCGAAGAUGAACAGCGGCCCAGAACAAGGUCUGCAAAGAAAGCAGAGUUGGAAGAAAAUCAGCGGAGCUAUAAACAGAAAAAGAAAAGGCGACGUAUUAAGGUUCAAGAAGAUUCAUCCAGUGAAAACAAGAGUAAUUCCGAGGAAGAAGAGGAGGAAAAAGAAGAGGAGGAAGAAGAGGAGGAGGAGGAAGAAGAAGAUGAAAAUGAUGAUUCCAAGUCUCCUGGAAAAGGCAGAAAGAAAAUUCGAAAGAUUCUUAAAGAUGAUAAACUGAGAACAGAAACACAAAAUGCUCUUAAGGAAGAGGAAGAGAGGCGAAAACGUAUUGCUGAGAGGGAGCGUGAGCGAGAAAAAUUGAGAGAGGUGAUAGAAAUUGAAGAUGCUUCACCCACCAAGUGUCCAAUAACAACCAAGUUGGUUUUAGAUGAAGAUGAAGAAACCAAAGAACCUUUAGUGCAGGUUCAUAGAAAUAUGGUUAUUAAAUUGAAACCACAUCAAGUAGAUGGUGUUCAGUUUAUGUGGGAUUGCUGCUGUGAGUCUGUGAAAAAAACAAAGAAAUCUCCAGGUUCAGGAUGCAUUCUUGCCCACUGUAUGGGCCUUGGUAAGACUUUACAGGUGGUAAGUUUUCUUCAUACAGUUCUUUUGUGUGACAAAUUGGAUUUCAGCACGGCAUUAGUGGUUUGUCCCCUUAAUACUGCUUUGAAUUGGAUGAAUGAAUUUGAGAAGUGGCAAGAAGGAUUAAAAGAUGAUGAGAAGCUUGAGGUUUCUGAAUUAGCAACUGUGAAACGUCCUCAGGAGAGAAGCUACAUGCUGCAGAGGUGGCAAGAAGAUGGUGGUGUUAUGAUCAUAGGCUAUGAGAUGUAUAGAAACCUUGCUCAAGGAAGGAAUGUGAAGAGUCGGAAACUUAAAGAAAUAUUUAACAAAGCUUUGGUUGAUCCAGGCCCCGAUUUUGUUGUUUGUGAUGAAGGCCAUAUUCUAAAAAAUGAAGCAUCUGCUGUUUCUAAAGCUAUGAAUUCUAUACGAUCAAGGAGGAGGAUUAUUUUAACAGGAACACCACUUCAAAAUAAUCUAAUUGAGUAUCAUUGUAUGGUUAACUUUAUCAAGGAAAAUUUACUUGGAUCCAUUAAGGAGUUCAGGAAUAGAUUUAUAAAUCCAAUUCAAAAUGGUCAGUGUGCAGAUUCUACCAUGGUAGAUGUCAGAGUGAUGAAAAAACGUGCUCACAUUCUCUAUGAGAUGUUAGCUGGAUGUGUUCAGAGGAAAGAUUACACAGCAUUAACAAAAUUCUUGCCUCCAAAACACGAGUAUGUGUUAGCUGUGAGAAUGACUCCUAUUCAGUGCAAGCUCUAUCAGUACUACUUAGAUCACUUAACAGGUGUGGGUAAUAACAGUGAAGGUGGAAGAGGAAAGGCAGGUGCAAAGCUUUUCCAGGAUUUUCAGAUGUUAAGUAGAAUAUGGACUCAUCCUUGGUGUUUGCAGCUAGACUACAUUAGCAAAGAAAAUAAGGGUUAUUUUGAUGAAGACAGUAUGGAUGAAUUUAUAGCCUCAGAUUCUGAUGAAACCUCCAUGAGUUUGAGCUCCGAUGAUUAUACAAAGAAGAAGAAAACAAAGGGGAAAAAGGGGAAAAAAGAUAGUAGCUCAAGUGGAAGUGGCAGUGACAAUGAUGUUGAAGUGAUUAAGGUCUGGAAUUCAAGAUCUCGGGGAGGUGGUGAAGGAAAUGUGGAUGAAACAGGAAACAAUCCUUCUGUUUCUUUAAAGCUGGAAGAAAGUAAAGCUGCUUCCUCUUCUAAUCCAAGCAGCCCAGCUCCAGACUGGUACAAAGAUUUUGUUACAGAUGCUGAUGCUGAGGUUUUAGAGCAUUCUGGAAAAAUGGUACUUCUCUUUGAAAUUCUUCGAAUGGCAGAGGAAAUUGGAGAUAAAGUCCUUGUUUUCAGCCAGUCUCUCAUAUCUCUGGACUUGAUUGAAGAUUUUCUUGAAUUAGCUAGUAGGGAGAAGACAGAAGAUAAAGAUAAACCCCUUAUUUAUAAAGGUGAGGGGAAGUGGCUUCGAAACAUUGACUAUUACCGUUUAGAUGGUUCCACUACUGCACAGUCAAGGAAGAAAUGGGCUGAAGAAUUUAAUGAUGAAACUAAUGUGAGAGGGCGAUUAUUCAUCAUUUCUACUAAAGCAGGAUCUCUAGGAAUUAAUCUGGUAGCUGCUAAUCGAGUAAUUAUAUUUGAUGCUUCUUGGAAUCCAUCUUAUGACAUCCAGAGUAUAUUCAGAGUUUAUCGCUUUGGACAAACUAAGCCUGUUUAUGUAUACAGGUUCUUAGCUCAGGGGACCAUGGAAGAUAAGAUUUAUGAUCGGCAAGUAACUAAGCAGUCACUGUCUUUUCGAGUUGUUGAUCAGCAGCAGGUUGAGCGUCAUUUUACUAUGAAUGAGCUUACUGAACUUUAUACUUUUGAGCCAGACUUAUUAGAUGACCCUAAUUCAGAAAAGAAAAAGAAGAGGGAUACUCCCAUGCUACCAAAGGUAAACAUAUUUAGAUUAUUGGCUUAACAAACCAAAGUGGACUAAGGGAAUUUUACUACUACUAUGAAAGUUAGUCAUCUGAUUAAGGCUAUAUUUCAGAAUUUUUCAAGGAGAGUAAAUUGAUAUUUAAUGAAUUUUGUUUAGAAAAUUAUAAAUGAGAGAGUGCUUGAUCAAUUUUCCAUAUAUUACCACAAAAAGAUAGUAUAUUCUGAAACACAUAUUUUAUGCAAAAUAAAAAGUUCAGCUCUCCAGUGGAGGGCAUACACAAUUUAAAUAAUUCUACAUAAAAUUAAACUGUCUCUUCUUUAACAUUCUUUUCUAUCAUAGAGCAGUUAAGAAUCAGCAAAUAUCCAACAAGUAUAUGAAAAGGUGCUCAGCAUCACUAGUCAUCAGGGAUAUGCAAGUCAAAGUCACCAUGACAUAUCAUCUCACACCAGUUAGAAUUACUAGUAUCAGAAAAACAGAAGAUACUAAGCAUAUGGAGAAAAGGGAAUCUUGGUACAUUAUUGGUUGGAAAGUAAAUUGGUACAGCCACUAUUGAAAACAGUAUGGAAAUUCUUCAGAAAAUUAAAAAUAAAACUACCAUAUGGUCCAGCAAUUUCACUUCUGGGUAUAUGUCCAAAGAAGUUGAAAUUGGGUUGUUAAAGAGAUAUCUGAACUCUCAUGUUCAUUGUAUUCAUUAUUCAUAAUAGCUAAAACAUGGAAGCAACCUAAAUGUUCAUCAACAGAUGAAUGGAUAAAGAAAAUGUGGUAGAUACAAUGGAAUAUUAUUCAGCCUUAGAAAAGAAGGGAAAAAAAGGAAGGAAAUCCUGCAAUUUGCAAUGGCAUGAAUGAACUUGGAGGCCAUUAUGUUAAGUGAAAUAAGCUGGACACAGAAGCAUGAUCACACUUACGUGAGGAAUCUAAAAUUAGUCAAACUUAUUGGAGCAGAGAGUAGAACAGUGAUUUCUAGGGGCA